UUCAUUGGCUUUAGACGCAUGCACAUAGCUCCGCAUUCUGCACACUCUUGCAUACUUGUGUCCACCGGCAUGGCUUGACAGCAGCCGUCCUGUUAACUGUCUCCAGUUGGUAGACAGUAAACCAGGGACUGACUUGAGAGGAUGCUGGGGAGACUUGGCUAGUCUAAGACAAAUGAAAAUAUUUGAAUCAGGAGGGGUGGGCUUAUAAUUUGAUACGAGAUGGAGAGGGUCAGCUUGUUAUAAUAACGUUGGUUGAUACUGGGGCGGAUAACGGUUGGCUUGCUAUAACCGUGCCUGAGAUGGGAGGAAAGUGCAGCCGAGGGGGAGAGAAGAGGCCUGGAGGUUCCCAAGGCUUCUCUGUGCUCUGUUGCGAUCAGAAAAAGAGUUUUGAAGAGACACCCUUGGGUUUCUGCGAUAUCAAGGCACGGAGAAACAACCUGUGCUUUGGUACUCAGAAUCCUUCGUAUUUAGACAUGGCAUACUUUCCUGACAAUGAUCUACACAUGGCAGCAUGUGCGGGAGAUUUACCUUUUGUGCGACUGUACUUCACUCUGGGGAAGUACGAAGUCAAUCACAGAGACAAGGAGAAUAGGAAUGCCCUGCACUUUGCCUGUUUCUAUGGACAUCUAGAAAUGGUGAAUUACCUCUGGAGGCGUGGAUGUGAGAUCAAUGUGUGUGACAAACAUAACAUCACACCACUGAUGAAGGCUGUCCAAAGCUGGGAAGAGGAUAUCGUGUGUUAUCUGCUAGAGCGUCAUGCUAACCUGCACAUUAAAGACAGCAGUGGUAACACUGCUCUCCACUAUGCAGUGUAUGGUGGGACACCAACAAUGGCUGCCAGGCUUCUACAGUAUGGAGCAAAUAUUGAGGAAAGAACCAAAGAUAACCUCACACCACUAUUGCUUGCUCUCAGGGAAAACAGACUGAAGAUGGCACAAUUUUUAGUAAAGAUGGAAGCAAGUGUACAUGCAGUUGAUUCUCAGAGAAGAAAUUCUCUCAUGUAUGCUGUAAGAUGUGAUUCUUCAGUUAUGGUCAACCUUCUUCUUCAACAAGGUGUUGACAUGAAUUUUAAAGAUUUGUUUGGAUGGACUGCUUUACGCUACGCUGUUGAAGGUGAUCGGGAGGUGAGGACAAUGCUUUUGGAGUAUGAGUAUAACCUAAUACAAAGCUUAAGAGAGAAGAACUCAGGCCUACCAACAAAGCUGGUGCUGGGACAGCCUCACCUACAGCCACCAAGGUUUGUAAUGUUAUUCCUGGGAAAAUCCUUUGAGAAUCUUGGAAAAUGUACUUUGGUCAUAUUCACCUCCUUCCCCAACUCACCUCAGACCCGCCACCACUUCACUAAUCAUCCAACUUCAGGUCCUCUAAAAAACCAAAGAACCCCCAACACCACCCCAUCAAGUACAGUUGAUACUGUGCAGAUACUCUUGGAUGUGGCCUUUCAUUUGUAA